AUGGCGUCCACCGCCGUCGUCGACUCCUACUCACAAGCCAUCAGGCGGGGCCAUCGCAGCCUCGUCCUAGGGCAUCGCCAGAGCCGCGCCAAUGCGGCCACCGAUGCUGCCACGCCGUCUGCAGGUCUCACCUUACGACCUCAGCCAACGGUGUCAGAUCAGUCGGGCCACAGCGAGCAGCAGCAACGCCGCGCCGCACCCGCACCCGCACCUGAAGGCGAGCCACGGCGCGCCAUCCCGACGUCGGGCCUCCCGUCAUUCGCUUACAACCGAUCGGUGAGGCACAACGUGACCAGCGGUGGCAGUGAAGAGGCGGCGACCUGUUCGGAUGGUACGGCCGCUCACCCUCCUCAGGACGGUGGAGGCCUGAUCUGCACGCAGGUCUUCAGGAUGGCGGCUAUGGCUUCCACGGAGAAUCAACUUCUCACCUUCUUACCCUUAGCUCGGAAGAACUCGUGCUGA